AAGUUGUGCUCUCAGGGUCGUUGGUGUUGUGUCCGAGGGACUUUUACAACUUAUGUUCUGGCUAUGUAGCACCUCAUGAUUCUGAAUGCAUGUUUUCCCCAAUGGUCAGAAGUCUGGCACCAAAAAUGUCUAAAAGUCAGGGAAGAGUGGAAAAAAGCAAAUUUCGUUAGCUUCACAUGACCGCUUUUAAAAGCGGACAAUCGGCACGGCGUAUUACCCAAUUUAGCAAUCGCUAAGAAGGAAACGCGACAUUUCCUCUCUAUUCACGCUUUAGUAUGCUUUAUUUCCUCUUUCUUCGCCUUUAUUUCCUCUUUUUGUGUUGCUUGGGAAGAACGGGGAGAUAAAGUGGACAUUACCUAAUGAAAUUCGGUGUCGAUUCAGAUUGUACUGCAACUAAAAGCCGCCUUCUCUCACUCUCGAGAAGUUAUGAGACAAUUCUCCUAAAUGUCCCUACUUUUUUUCUCUUUCCGGAUUUAUUUCACUGGAUUAUACUCCUUGGAUAACAUCUACAAACCUUAAUCUUUCCGAUUAAUGCUUAUACUCUUACCACCUCUACCACUACGGGGUUUGAAUUGACAACUGCAUCUCUGCUUUAAUGUGGUGUGGCAACUCGAACUGAUGUACGUACGUACGAAGUUCUACGUUGUUGCUGACUGACAUGCUGCGAUAUGUAUAUGAAUCCACGCCUUAGUGAUCGCCAAAUUGUCUGCUUUUCGCAUUAAUUUAAGUAGAAUUGCUUGAUAAUUGUUAGAUAAGCUAGUCACGAGUUCUCUAACUUGCACUAUAAUACUACUGGACUGUAAUAAGGCCCAUGGUGUACAGCAUUUUCCCACAAGUGAAGAAUACAUUGGCUUUUAUAAGUGAUUUCUCAGUCCUAUAGGACAGGUUGUUGUCGACAUGUGUCCUUAAAAGUUACAUCUAUAUAAGUGCAGACUAGUUUCCUUGAUUCUUUACCAGGCCUAAGUGGUUAUAUAAGGGAUCUCAAAACAUAUAAGUGUAUUUACUUCAGAAUAAAAUAGCGUUGGAAACCAGUCGUUUUUCCCACCAUGAUCCAUUGUGUUCGAACUCGUGUACACUACCUCACUGCAUUGUCGAGUGGGUAUGGCUCCUCCGAUUUUGUUCGACCUCAUCUUCAUGUGAAGAUAACAUACAAAACUGAUGGAUUUAAAUCUUCCUUAAUUUUCUGUAAAUGGAGUAACUUCGGAGUUAUUCGUUAGGAAGUUGUUACUUGGUAUCUUUUCCAAGUUGUCCACGCAAUCUCAUUAAUCUGAUUAUUCUUUGUGUAUCGUUUUUGUAUUAGUAUUAUUACUCACGAUGGCCUAUACCAAGUAGAUUGGGAAUUCGGAUCACAAUAUUACUGAGAGCAUGUUUAGGUUUCUUAGGACAGCUGGCGUAUGCAUAAAAAUGAAAUUGAAUCAAAAUAGUAGUGAGUGAACGCCACAAUAGACUGAAGUAGCAAUAGUACUGGCUUAAUACAGAAAUCAGAAUUUCACUUGCACAAAAUUUCGUGCAAUUGUAGAAUCACCCGGAGUUGCAUUGUAUACGUCCAUCGUGAAUUGAAUAGAAAUAUAUCCAAAGUCUUCAAUGAUGUGUUUUAAAUUUUAAUCAGUUGGUAAAACGAUAGAAUAGGACUAACAGUUCGAUAGACUAAAAAACAAAGGCAUUGUAAAGAUAUACAUGUAAGGGAUUAAAGUUAGUCACAUAAUUAAACAUAAUUUAGGGAAUAGGAUUUGAUUGUAAAUCCAAUAGUCCAAUGUUCGAUCAGAGUAUACGGUUAUGUGAAUCAACAUGUUCGGACUAGUAUAGAAAAAUUACAUUGAUUUCGAGUAGCCAACAAUUAGUGCUAUUUAGCUCUACAGAGUAAAUUACCUUGUUCUCUAUACUCAUUCGUUGAUUUCUUUCCCGAAGUUUUUGUUAAGCAUCACUCCACAUUCAACACUAAACUUACCUGACUAUUCAUUUAAGUGUGCUUUUAGCUUGAUGUUUUGAGUGAUAUUUAAUUUAUUUCAAAUCGGUUUCAUUUUUAUCUGAUUUAAGAUGGUCAACCCUAUAAGAAUGGAAAUUGAUUUAACUACCCAAGUGGCUGAAGCUGCAAAUAUUGAUCGGAAUCUAGUCAGUCGUGUGAUUCCAAUGUUUGAAAAUGGUUUUACUGUGCCAUUUAUUGCACGUUAUCGAAAAGAAGUAACUGGAGGCGCAGAACCAACAGUGUUGCAUAGACUGAAGGAAAAAAUGAAUGACUGCAAGUAACUGUGACAGUAGUUUUCUUAGUGUAUAUGCUUGUAGAAUGCUUGUUGAUAAAAUCGAGAAGUCACUCCAGUUUUUUGAUAAGAGUGGAUUACUAACGAAUGAAUUAUCGCAACAGUUAAUGAAAUGCAAAACAACUGAAGAUAUUAAGCUUUUGGGAAGUUUAUGAGAUUUUGAACUUUAAUAGAACUUUGUUAGACAGAUCCCUUCAAAUCUAAGGGUCCACGCACGCUCGCAGGUCGAGCAAAAGCUGUCAAUUUGGAACCUAUUGCUUUGGACAUACUUCAUUCAAAUAGGUGUGUUGAUAUGUAUGGUCUGGCACCGCCAGAAGCUAAAAAGACUUUUACAUCGAAAACGGCCCUCGAAGAUGCUGUAUCUCAUAUCAUUGCUGAUAUUUUUGCUAAGGAUUUAGAUAUAAUCCGAAAGGCUGAGGAGUUGUACGUCAAUUCUGUGUGUUUGUAAUAUCUUUUAAACUAUAUUUUUAAGAAAGCGAAUUAUUUAUUUUCGGAAUUCCUGAAUAAGAACACAUUCAGGGUGAACAUUGUUCAUAUUUUUUCAUGGAUAAAAUUUAUUAAAAUGAACGUUUCAUUUAAUUCGCAUACAGUUUGAAAUAUUGGAUAUCAAAUUAUAUUAGCAAAAAUCUCCAUGACUUAAAGUUCCAGCUUGCAGACCAUUCAGAAUUUCUCAUCGGAAAUAAUCAGAUGCAAAAUGGUGUUCAAGUAGCCUUUCGUUUGUCUAUAGCUAUGAAACAACCUAUGGAAGUGGGAGACGUGUGUAUGGUAUGUUCAAAGUACAGUGCUACACUUGUCACAGCUAAGAAAUCAAAACGUGGUAAGAAAGGUGAACAAUCGUCAGGAGGUAGUCUUCCAAACACUAUGUCCAUUGAUUUUGAUGAGAAUGCUGAUGAUGCUGAAUGUGUUCAGAAUUCGCAUUCUUUUAUGAGUGAUACUAGUAAUAAUUUUAAAAAGGAUGAUUUGGUUACAUUUAAAAAUUAUUUAAAUUUUUCUCGCCCUGUGACAUCGAUACUAGCACACCAGGUGUUAGCUAUUAAUCGAGCCAACGAAAGGGGUGUGAUUACCGUAAAAAUCCACUUGUCACCACAAGUACAACAUAAUUGUGCAACAUUUGUAUCUCAAAAAUAUUUUCCUACGACCAACCGUAUUCAUUGGGAUUUUGUAAUGUCAGCUUUCAACGAUGCAUGGAAACGUUUAAUUGAUCCACAUUUGGUGCGUAGUAUACGCACUAAAUUAACAACUUCAGCUCAAGAUGCAUCUCUUGAAGUAUUUUCAGAAAAUCUCCGACGUCUCCUAAUGACGGCACCGUUACGUAUUCCAGUUUCAUCAAGUGAUUCCACAGUGAAGAAUGACAAUGAUAUUGGCAUGAUAUCUUCAGCGUCUGGUGCACCAGGUGAUCGUCUUCCUGUGAUUGGAUUAGAUCCAGGCUGGAGAAAUGGUUGUAAAUGGGCUGCAUGUGAUCCUCAUGGAAAUGUUCUAAGCACAGGUAUUUUAUGGCCACCGCAUACAUUGUCUGCCAUUCCACCGAAGAAAUUGAGCAUGCAAAAUGAACCAAUGAGUAAUAAUGGUUUGGGUGCAUUGACUGCAGCUAUGCAACGUCAUCAAAUCGAGACAAUAGCUCUUGGUAAUGGUCAAGGUAGUCGGCAAACUGGUUCUUGGUUGGCACAUUUAAUAGAAAUUCAACAUUUCAAACCUUUAAAUGUUCGUUAUGCUGUUGUAAGUGAGUGUGGUGCUUCAUAUUACAGUGCGUCAACUCAAGCUUGUACAGAAUUACCAGAUUUAAAUGUUAGUUUCCGUGGUGCAGUAUCUAUAGCUAGACGUUUACAAGAUCCUCUAGCUGAACUAGUUAAAGUUGAACCGAAACAUUUAGGUGUUGGUAUGUAUCAGCACGAUAUACCAGUUAAUCAAUUAACGUCCGCUGUUCAUAAUGUCAUGGAAGAAUGUAUAAGUUUUGUUGGUGUUGAUUUGAAUGCAGCUCCAUUGCAUAUUUUAUCACGUGUUGCUGGUUUAUCUGAGAUGAAAGCCAAAGCAAUUUUAACAUAUCGUUCACAAAUUGGUCCCUUCCGUUCAAGAGCUGAUCUUCUUAAGGUUAAAGGUAUUGGACAAGCUACGUUCGCUCAAUGUGCUGGAUUUGUACGUGUCAAACCCACAUAUUCUACAACUACCUUAGAUGGGACUAAGGAUGUUGAAAUGAUUUCCAUUUCGAGUGGUGAUGAUGAUGGUGAUGAUUUAACUUGUGAUACUAAAAUAACCAAUAUUUCCACUGGUAGUACUAAACGUAAACAUAUAUCCAAUGAAUUUAACAAGAAACGUAAAAAACCUCGAAUUAUGGAGGUAACAGUUACUGAUCAAUCCGAUGUGAAUUGCUUUAAUCCAUUAGAUCAGACUGCUGUUCAUCCUGAUUCAUAUAAAGUCGCAGCAAGUAUUAUUUCAUUACUCCAAUUAAAUCUGACAGAUGUAGGGUCAGUUAAAAUGAGAGCAGCUGCGACACAGUUUAUGAUCAGCGAAGAUAGAGAUAAACGACUUGAACAGUUUUGUUCCAAAACUGUUGGACUUGAUACUUUACGUGAUAUUAUCGUAGCACUAACUCGUCCUUUGGAUUUUGAUGAGCGUCAAGACUGUUUUACUCCAUUGUUUCAUUCGACCGUGAUGAAAAUAUCGGAUUUACGUAAAGGUAUGCAAGUGAAAGGUCGUGUAGAGAAUGUCACUACUUUUGGUGCCUUUUGUGAUAUUGGUGUUGAAGAAAAUGCGUAUAUUCCAAGACAUGCGUAUCCUCGAAAUUGUCCAACUUCCAACCUAAAAAUUACCAAUGAUACUUCUGCUGGAAUUGGCGUCAGUGACGGCGGUAAUAUUCAUCACAAAAUGUUCACUUUACGUUUGGGUGAUCGAAUCAAAGCUAUUGUCUCGAGUGUUGAUAUUAAGAAUAAGCGAAUUGCAUUGGAUAAAGUUUCUGUAAUGACGUAAACAUGAUUGCUGAUUUAAACACUGAGAGAGAGGAGAUUCAAGCAAACGAAUUUUGUAUAGCAUUUCCACAUUUAUUUUUUAAUUAACAAUUUAUUUACAUAAGAUUUUGUUAUUGAAUGGUUUCUUCACGUUGUGUAAUUUACUUUUCUACAUAUUUUGUUUACAGUUUAUACGAUUUAUAAACAACCGAAUC